AUGCAGCAGGGUAGCGUGGGCGACGGGGACUCGGCCCCGAGGAAUUCGCCGAAAAACGCCAACUCGAGCGACGCCGACGGCCGAGUUCGAGUUAAAGUCGAAGUGCCGGAGUCGACGGAGGUGUUCGACGUGAAACGCGAGCCCCAGGACGACUAUCAUGCCGUUCCACACGAUUUCCACUUCGACAGAAAACCGUUCGUACCUCCGACGAAACUCGGGAAUUCCGAUAUAGUUAGUCAGUGUCAACCGCUGCCUCAAGGUUACCCACGGCCGGUAACCGCCGGACUGUCGAAUUCUUAUGGAUUUCCGCAUUUCUACGCGCCCCAAGCGAUGUUGCCGCCGUCGUUCCACGCCAGGCCAUCCCCGGACCGACCAAUCGCGAAGGUCGACGAGCACGACCAGGAGCAGGAACGUUACAGAGUGCACAGUGUCGCCAGUGACAGUGUUUUUUUGCACCAUGAACCGCAUAGAUACGAGAUGGGCGACUACCACGGGAAGGGGUACCCCGGCGUCCCUUACGCCGCGUUUCGGCCGUCGAUGCAGCAACGCACACCGGUCUAUGCCGGGCACAACAAUAGCGGCUACAGGGCCGCGCAGUAUCAAAACAGGAAGCGCAAAUGGGGCGGCGCUACCAUUCGCGGAAUGCCACCGUCCAUGCCUUGGCCAACGUGGUUCUACCGGCCAGAUUUUCCUCUGGGCAUUCCACUGCCUACCAGCCACGUUCCGAACGCCAGCAGUGUUCCUACUUCGUCGCCUUUGUGUUCGAGGACUCAUUCCCAGUCAGAGGUACCCAAGGCUCCUGACUUUCUCGAUAGCAGCAAAAUUCAUGGACAAACUCCGACGAUAUGCACGGUAAGAUGUAUCACAGAACUUUCAGGAUGUGCUUGCGAUGCGUUCCUGCCUUAUCGGAAAUAAAACAAUAAAAUAUGUCCGAAAUUGAAUGAAAGAUGUAUUCUCGUGAAUAUAGAAAAUUGCGAAAGAAAAUAUGAAGAUAGAUGUCUAAGUACCGAGUUGUCAGCACAAGUCAUCAUAGUAGAAGCUGCUAAACGUGCUAGAUCAACUACUGGUGUGUCAUCUGACUCCAGAUGA